AUGAGGAGAUUUGUCUACUGCAAGGUGGUUCUGGCCACUUCGCUCAUGUGGGUGCUGGUGGAUGUCUUUUUGCUUCUCUACUUCAGUGAAUGUAAUAAAUGUGAUGACAAGAAGGAGAGGUCUCUGCUGCCUGCUCUGAGGGCUGUUAUUUCUCGAAACCAAGAUGGACCUGGAGAGAUGGGCAAGGCUGUGCUCAUCCCAAAGGAUGACCAGGAGAAGAUGAAGGAGCUGUUCAAGAUCAACCAGUUUAACCUGAUGGCCAGUGACCUGAUUGCCCUGAACAGAAGUUUGCCUGAUGUGAGGUUAGAUGGGUGCAAGACCAAGGUGUACCCUGACGAGCUGCCCAACACCAGCGUGGUCAUCGUGUUCCACAACGAGGCCUGGAGCACUCUGCUGCGCACCAUCUACAGCGUCAUCAACCGCUCCCCGCACCGCCUGCUCGCCGAAAUCAUCCUGGUGGACGAUGCCAGCGAGAGAGAGUUUCUGAAGGCCUCUUUAGAGAACUACGUGAAGAACCUGGAAGUGUCCAUCAAGAUCAUCCGGAUGGAGCAGCGGUCGGGGCUGAUCCGGGCGCGGCUGCGGGGGGCUGCGGCCUCCAAGGGGCAGGUGAUCACCUUCCUGGAUGCCCACUGUGAGUGCACCCUGGGCUGGCUGGAGCCACUGCUGGCUCGCAUCAAGGAGGACAGGAAAACUGUUGUCUGCCCAAUCAUUGAUGUGAUCAGUGAUGACACCUUCGAGUACAUGGCUGGAUCUGAUAUGACUUACGGAGGCUUCAACUGGAAACUCAACUUCCGCUGGUACCCAGUUCCUCAGAGAGAGAUGGACAGGAGGAAAGGAGACAGGACCUUGCCUGUCAGGACCCCAACUAUGGCUGGUGGCCUAUUUUCUAUUGACAGAAACUACUUUGAAGAGAUAGGAACUUACGAUGCAGGAAUGGAUAUCUGGGGUGGAGAGAAUCUUGAAAUGUCUUUUAGGAUCUGGCAGUGUGGUGGCUCCCUGGAGAUCGUCACCUGCUCCCACGUUGGCCACGUGUUCCGGAAGGCAACCCCUUACACCUUCCCUGGUGGGACAGGACAUGUCAUCAACAAGAACAACAGGAGGCUGGCAGAGGUCUGGAUGGAUGAGUUUAAGGACUUCUUCUAUAUAAUAUCCCCAGGUGUGGUGAAGGUGGAUUAUGGUGAUGUGUCUGUCAGAAAGGCACUGAGAGAGAACCUGAAGUGCAAACCCUUCUCAUGGUACUUGGAAAACAUCUACCCAGACUCCCAGAUCCCACGGCGCUACUACUCCCUUGGUGAGAUCAGGAAUGUUGAGACCAACCAGUGCUUGGACAACAUGGGCCGCAAGGAGAAUGAAAAAGUGGGAAUCUUCAACUGCCAUGGCAUGGGAGGAAACCAGGUGUUCUCCUACACCGCUGACAAGGAGCUCCGCACCGAUGACCUGUGCCUGGACGUCUCGCGGCUCAACGGCCCUGUGGUCAUGCUGAAGUGCCACCACAUGAGGGGCAACCAGCUCUGGGAGUACGAUGCUGAGACCCACACCUUUCUCCACAUCAUCACCCAGUCAUGCCUGACCAUCAGCAGGAUAGAGGAUGGCACCCAUGGGCCCACCGUGGAGGCUUGCAAUGGCAGCCCCUUGCAGAGCUGGAUGCUGAGGAACUACAGCAGGCUGGAGGUCUUUAGAAAGAUUUUUUACAGCCCCACUGACUAUUUCCUUUAA